AUGGAUGACGCACCGACGCCGUUUCUGGACGUGUUUGGAAGCCUGUUGAUUGCCGGCGAAUUGUCAUGCGGAAUAUCGAUCUUUGUUGUGAACAUUCUUUAUCUGAAGAAGUUUUGGCAAAUGGAAACGUUUCAUGAGAGUUUUCGACAAACCUUUGUAAGUUAUUUUUAUUAAAUAAGGUUGAACGUACGCCUCUACUCGUCGGGUCGACGGCAGUUCGGGUCAACACAAAAUCGAUCGAUACGGGGCGUAGGGCAGGUGGAGGCCAAAAAAAGGUUGUAGAAAGUGCCUACGAGGUCUGGCAAAGCCGUUGGAUGGUCGGCGGACGCUCGGCGAAGGCUCGACCGAGAUUUGGCGAAGAAUUGCGAUAUGCAUCCUGUUUCGCUGUAUCCUUCGGCUGUCCCUGGAAAACUUGGCAUUUGAUAGGUGUCCUAUUGCGCAGGGGCCAGUUUUAUCACUGGCGAUGCGUCGUUUUUGCUGUUUUUCCGGCGACACGCUCCAAAUUUCUUUGCAAUGCGAACUGGGGUUUGGAGUGACUGCGAUGGAAGGGUGCGCAGGUCAGACUGAUAUGUUCGACGUGUGUAGAAAAUUUAAGGAGAAUCUGCGACGAUCCCUUGUGCGUCUCUAUGCAGAAAAUAUGUUUCAGAUCGGAGUCAACUUUAUCCUCAGCAUGACAUCCAUCUUCCAUCCUCUAUCCGACCUCUCCGACGACAUAGUCUAUGUGUGCCGGGAUGGAGCACCCACAUGCCUGCGGCAGGACUUAGUUUUCACUCUGCAAUACGUGUUGUACUUUAUUGACCAUAUUGCCAUCGUAUUCUUGCACACCAAAUUCUUCAUUCUGGCGGCCGAACGGGUCUUUGCAUUCCGUCGCCGCGCCUUCUACGAGUACGAAAAGAACAACAUGGCGGUGAAGAUAUUGGGGUUCUCGGUGAGCUCUAAAAAGCUUGCAAAGGUUUAUCUUUUCAGUUGUCCUUCGUAUGCCUUGAAAUCCUGAUCAAGACCGGGUUAUACUAUGAAUUCGACACUGAUUCACCACUGAAACUCCGGUUGGAGAAAGGGAUCGGCUUAUGGAAGUCGCCCGCUUUCAUGGUCUGGUCGUAUCUCGAGUUUUUUACCUCUAUGGGGGUUGGGGUUGUGGUAAGUUAAAGGCGGAAGCAAUAAGGCAAUUCCAAGACGCAACAAAUCCACAUCAUUUCCCCAACAGACUGAUAGUAAAGCUCAUUAAGAUUCCACUUUCAGUUCUUCAACAACAUUCCGAGGAUCUUACGGCAUUAUCGACAAAAAAGCAGGAGCCUCAGCGAGAGCUUCGAGAUCUACCAAACGGAAAAGAUCUCCAAAAUUAUGUGGCCAGUUUUACAGAGUUAUAUCUUGGUCGGCGUUGCCUGCACUCCAACGCUGUUCAUUUGCAUUAAACAGGCGUUCUUCAACGACGGCUCAGCGUACUGGCGAAAGGCGUAUCGGGUCGGGUUGAGGGUGAGUCAUCGUCUCGAGUUGACAAACAAGUUUUUUAGGCGGACUAUUUCUUCGUUGCGUGGUACACACUGUUCUCACUGACCUAUGCCUUCUACAAGUUUGGGAUCGUAUUUGGCAAGCAGCAAUCGCAGAUUGUGCCGGUCGAAAUGUUCGACUUCAAGAAGGUGACGGACAUUCACUUCAACACGCUAAAGCAAUGCUGGUCUGAUGAUGGUAAUGGCGAGGACAUCAAAAUUUUCUCGUGA